AUGGGGAAGGCGAAAUCAACAACAUCAGAGAUGAGGAAGGAGGAGCAAGAAUCCAAGACGGUGCACUCCCCAUGGCUCACCUAUGCUUCCAUGCUCUCUUUACUCUCUCUUUGCCCUCCCUUUGUCAUUCUUCUAUGGUACACCAUGGUGCAUGCUGAUGGAUCUGUCUUGCAGACCUUCAAUUACUUGAAGGACAAUGGUAUCCAGGGUCUUCUUCUAAUUUGGCCCAAACCCACAAGUCUUAUUGCUUGGAAGAUCAUUUCUGUUUAUGCUGCUUUCGAGGCUGCAUUGCAGCUCUUGCUUCCUGGCAAAACUGUUGAAGGCCCCAUUUCUCCGGCUGGUAAUAGGCCUGUUUACAAGGCUAAUGGUUUGCAAGCAUAUGCCGUCACUUUGAUUACAUACGUUGCCCUUUGGUGGUUUGAGAUAUUCAACCCUGUGCUUGUCUAUGAUCAUCUGGGAGAAAUAUUUUCGGCUCUAAUUUUUGGUAGCUUAGUGUUUUGUGUGCUCUUGUACAUAAAAGGUCAUGUUGCUCCAUCUUCCACUGAUUCUGGAUCAUCUGGAAACAUCAUAAUUGAUUUUUAUUGGGGAAUGGAGCUGUACCCCAGAAUUGGCAAGAACUUUGACAUAAAAGUCUUUACUAACUGCAGAUUCGGGAUGAUGUCCUGGGCAGUUCUUGCUUUGACAUACUGCAUUAAACAGUAUGAAACCCAAGGUAGAAUUGCUGAUUCAAUGCUUGUGAAUACCACAUUGAUGUUGGUAUAUGUCACCAAGUUUUUCUGGUGGGAAGCUGGAUACUGGAAUACUAUGGAUAUUGCACAUGACAGAGCUGGCUUUUAUAUAUGCUGGGGUUGCUUGGUGUGGGUACCAUCCAUUUAUACUUCUCCUGGCAUGUACCUUGUAAAUCAUCCGGUGGAGCUUGGAACCCAGCUCGCCCUUUACAUCCUCGUGGCUGGCAUUUUGUGCAUAUAUAUCAACUACGACUGUGACAGACAAAGACAAGAGUUCCGUCGGACAAACGGCAAGUGCUUGGUCUGGGGAAAAGCCCCAUCAAAGAUUGUUGCCUCCUACACCACAACUAAGGGGGAGACAAAAACCAGCCUCCUUCUGACUUCUGGAUGGUGGGGUUUGUCUCGUCAUUUCCAUUAUCUACCAGAAAUACUAGCUGCCUUUUUCUGGACGGUACCAGCACUGUUUACUCAUUUUCUUCCUUACUUCUAUGUAAUCUUUCUCACUAUCCUCCUUUUUGACCGAGCCAAAAGGGAUGAUGAUCGCUGCAAAACGAAAAGUAAGAUGCUUGGCAUCACUGUAGAUGGUACGGAAAAUACUGGAAACUGUAUUGCGAGAAGGUUCCCUACCGGAUUAUCCCAGGAAUUUACUGAGAUCAGAAUUGGGUGUUGGGGUGAGGUGGUUUCGGCCCUGGAACCUGUUGUUAGUGUUAGUGUUAGUAGUGGUGGUAGCAUAUGUAGCUAUGCUGCCGCCUUUUACUUGGUCCCACAUUUGGGGUUGAAGUUGAUGUAUUGUAUCAGAACCGAAGAGCCACACUACGGCUCUAGUUUUUUAGUUUUGUGA